CGGUGCAGCUCCAGGGCGUUCACCACCACUAGUUGUCUCUUCGCAUUCGUCAAAAAGCGCUCGAAGAUGCCCCCGAAGAAGGCUGUUCAGGAGAAGAAACCUCUGCUUGGCCGACCUGGCAAUAACCUGAAAAUAGGCAUCGUCGGCGUUCCCAAUGUGGGAAAAUCGUCGUUCUUUAACCUCCUCUCCAACACCGAUAACGGAAUAAUAGCAAACUACCCCUACGCAACGAUCGACUCAGAGGAGGCACGCGUGCCGGUACCUGAUUCUCGCUUCGACUGGCUAUGCGAAACGUACAAGCCGGCCUCUCGCGUUCCCGCCUUCCUCACUUGCAUCGACAUCGCCGGUCUCACCGCAGGUGCCUCCACCGGCGCCGGUCUGGGCAACGCUUUCCUCUCGCACGUACGAGCGGUAGACGGUAUAUUCCAGGUGACCCGUGCCUUUGAUGAUGCAGAGGUCACCCACGUUGAAGGAGACGUCAACCCCAUCCGGGAUAUGGAGAUCAUUCAGACCGAGCUUCGGUUGAAGGAUAUCGAGUGGGUGCAGAAAGCCCUCGAAAACCUUAAGAAAACUUCUCGUUCUCUGGGAAACACGAGUUUAGCCGACAAGGCGAAAAAGGAGGAGAUCGCAACGGUGGAGAAGGUGCUCAAAUGCAUUUCUGAAGACAACAAGGAUGUUCGCAAGGGAGAUUGGAAUGGCAAAGAGAUUGAAGUUAUCAACGGCCUACAACUUCUCACUGCAAAGCCCGUCACAUAUCUUGUCAAUUUGAGCGAGAAAGAUUUCAUCCGCAAGAAGAACAAGUGGCUUCCGAAGAUCAAGGCUUGGAUAGACGAGCACAACCCUGGAGAUAACCUUAUCCCAUUUUCUGUCGCCUUUGAGGAGCGUUUGUCGCGCAUGUCUCCUGAAGAGAAGGAGGAAGAACAGAAGAAGCUCGGCGUGACCAGCGCGCUGCCGAAAAUUACCACAGCCGGCUAUGCUAGCUUAGACCUUAUCCGGUAUUUCACCUGUGGGCCGGAUGAAGUGCGUGCGUGGACCAUACGGAAGGGCACCAAAGCUCCGCAGGCGGCCGGCGUCAUCCACUCUGACUUCGAGAAGAAGUUUGUGUGUGGUGAAAUCAUGGCGUACGAAGAUUUGCACGAGCACGGGAGCGAAGCAGCCGUCAAAGCAGCCGGCAAGCUACGACAGCAAGGCAAACCGUACGAGAUGCAAGAUGGCGAUAUCGCUUACUGGAAAGCGGGUGCAUAAGAUAGUUAGUCAUCUCACUUACUGUAGUAUCUCCGUAUCAUCGCGUCAUAUACGACGACCAUUUACGC